AUGGACUUUGGGUCAAGAAGCCCGUCGAGCGAGCAAUUGGGAAGAAUCACAGACCGACUAGGCCUCUACCAGAACCAGCUUCUUUCAUCAUCUAGCUCCUCGUCAUCAUCUACACCAACGAGCGUGUCCUCCACCACCACGACUUCCUUGUCUCCAAUGUCUCGCGAUCCGAUCACCUGCCAUGUCCUGAACACGCUGACGGGCACGCCCGCGGCAAAUCUCCCGGUGACGUUGACUCAACUACCCGGUGCGUCGACCGGCCAGGCCAGCCCGGCCAGUUUCCGCGCCACCACCGACGCAGAUGGACGGGUGAAGAACUGGACGCCUGAAGCGGCGACCUCGACGACCGUUCCCGCCAUUCUGUCCGCCCUGCCGGCCGCGGACAGCAAGACGAAUUGGUCCGUUCGGUUCGACGUCGGCCCGUGGUAUGAGGCACAGGGGGUCGAGAGCUUCUGGCCUGAGGUGGAGGUGAAAUUCACCGUGAAAGGCAGGGGUCGCGAAGGGGAGGAGGGCUGGCGGCAUUAUCAUGUUCCGGUGCUCUUGGGACCGUGGAACUAUUCGACUUAUCGGGGAUCGUGA